AUGAAAUUUAUUACAGCAGAUGCAGAGAAUCCUGGCCUAUCCCGGGAGGCGCUGGUUGCAAAGUACACGCAGGCCCUGCAGGAAGAAUCAAUUGAAGACCUCCAGGGGAUUAUUGAAAGUAUUUCUGAAGACAAGAAUCCCGAGAUGUUUGCUGAUAUAAAGAAAGUCUGCAUUGAAAACAUCAUAAGAAUGGGCAUCCAGCAGGGGAAAAACGAGUUGUGCCAGGACAUCCUAGAAACACAUGAAGUGCAGAGCGGUGUAAGGCUGGAAUACUUUAAGUCUAUGCAGAAUUAUAUUGCAGGCAUCUUCUGCAUCAACAAGAUGAUAGGCACAGGACAGAGCUACACUAUCCUGGAGAGAGAAAGAGAGUGUCUCAGAAAAAACUACCGAAUGAAGCCCGUGUAUGUGCAGGAGUACUCCCAGGUGAAAGAAUUGCCAAAUGACAUAUACAGCAUACUUUGGAGGAUAUAUUCUCUGAUUGUUUCAACAGAGAUCGAUAAUAUCAGCUGUGUUCAGAUAAUAGAAGGGGCAGACGAGAAGAAUGAAUGGGGCGAGCAAAUAAUUGCAUCAGCCAGGGAGAAAUAUCUCUCUCAGGAUGCAGCAGACAGCAAAUAUCCCAAGCAGACUCUGCAGAUUUAUCAAGGAAGCAUAAUGGGGCUUGGACGUGAUAAUGCGUCUUUUCCAAAUAAAGGUGGGAAAGAGAGUGGUGUAGCAGGAGAUGAACCUUAUGAAAAGACAGGAGAAGAUGAAAGUCCCCAGGAAAUGAGCAGUAAUAUAUGCACAUUCGAUAUAGUGGAUUGUAUUGCGUACACUGUAGAGAGGUUUUUGUCCAUGUGGUCUGAUUUGUCUGCCUUCCAUAACGAAAAGUACUCUUUGGCCAUGUGCUGCCUUACGCUUCUUGAUUAUAUGCCAGUAGAGAGACUGAGUAGAACCAUACUUGGCCAUAUUCAGAGAUGCAGCAUUCUUGAUGUGCUGGGACAACGAAGUGUAGAUGGCACUCACCAGGACAGAGAUACAUUUUAUGACAAGGCAGAGCUAGUCCUUAUAAGUCUAAGAAAAAAGUAUGUGCAGAAGAUGGGCAGUGCAGCAGCCAUUGUAAGCAGUCGGACUGGGAUAGUUGGCGCAAAAAGAGGAAAUUUAUCUGCUGGAACAAACAACAUGCAGUCAGAUCCAGAGAUCCAGGAGGUUGAAGCAAUGCUGAUGGGAUACCUGGUUGGUGAGGCAGAGGAGUUUGAGGUAAUGGAAAUCCUGGAAGAUAUUUGCUUUUUGGACCUGCAAGGAGGGCCUUUGUAUUUCCGCGUUCUGGAAAAGGGUUGCUCUGCUGGGGAUGCAGGCAUUGUGCUUUUCUGCCUUUCCGUUCUUGAGUGGUUUUCUGUUGAAGGCAUUAUUGAUCUUCUUAGGCAGGGAAACCCCACUGCACAGUCAUACUUCCUGGCAAAAGCACUCUACUCUAGACAGGUCUCAGAAGAAGAAAAAAACACAAUGUUUGAGUCUAUAAGCACGCCUAUACGAGAGUUCUUUACAUUCCCUAUGGCGCUGUAUCUGCUAAGCUUGUCCUCUGGAAACACCCACCUAAGCUUCUUUUCUCACUUUAUGCGUCAUAGAGAGAUUGUGGGCAAGCACGCUGUUCUGCUUCCGAAUGGAGAAACUGUGUAUACAUCAGGAGCUCUUUUUGGGCGCGCACUGGAAAUGGUCAAGAAGUAUCUCAAAAAACCAAAUAGAAUGUAUCUGAGCUGCAUUUCAGAUACUAACACAAUCUAUGCAAAGCUAUUGAAUGUAUUUAGAUAUAAAAAAGACUACAAAAGCAUGCUGGCAAUUAACCCAUUUGAUGCGCAGAGUGUAGCAGAGUAUAUAAAGCAAACAAGCACAGGCCUGGCAGGAAAGACAGAGAAGCUCAGCAUUUUGCAAAUAUAUGAGAUAUGCAAAAAGAUAUCAAAUGCCUUUAUGCUAUGCUUUUAUAACAUAGAUAAAAUGGAAAACCUUGAAGACCUGCGGAUAGUGUACACGGAUGUUCUGGGUGCAUGCCUGUUCUUUGAAGCAGCCAAGAAACAGAGAAAAUCCCGAGGCAAAAUAAGCCCCUCAGUUGGAGAAGAAUAUACUCUUCUAAAAAGAGCACUUCUGGUUAUACGCAAAAGAUGCGAAAUCUAUCCAAUUGGACAUGUCCUAAAUGAAAAAAGAAAUAGCAUUACAAAAGAAAGUUCGUGCGAAAAGUCUAUCCCAGAAAAGAGCCAGGCACCUGGUCCAGCACAGGCCUCUGUUUCGGAAAAUCUGUGCGAAUCAAAGAAAUACUGCUUCUUUUUGCUGUACGAUAUGUGGCGUAUCUUUACGACCACUCUUCCAGUAAGUUCUGCUGUGAUAGAUGUUCUGAAAUACGGCGCACAGCAUAUUGAGCAUCUUACGCAUGCUGAGUAUGACUAUCUGGUGAAAAUUCGGGUGAAAACACUAAACAAACCGAUUUGGGAGAAUAUUUUACUUGGAUGCAGCAAGUGUGACAGAGCGUGGGUUAUACAGGAGGGAGACGAGAAAACAAUAUACACCAGAUACAUCACGUACUUACAUGAAUUAUCAGAAGAUGUUUCGCUCUUUCUUUUUGACGUGCUGAAAGAGCACAGCACAAUAGAAGAGGAAGAGGAAGAAGAAAUAGUUGACAAAAUGUUUUUUGAGGAGGAUGGAAAUAUUAUUUACAACUUUACCUCAUGGGCUCCUGGGGUCUCUCUGCUUAGAAGAAAAGAGUACUUUGACUAUUUGUUUGAGUAUCUUAAAAAGACAGAUCUCCAAUUGCUAGAAACAGUGAAAGCAAACCUUAGAAAGCAGCGAUUUAUAGUGUAA